ACGUUUUAACAGAAACAUGCUUUUACUUUACUAUAGUUAAGGCAUCAUCUUGUUAUACCAUCAGUGUUAAUCAAACUCAGAAAUAAUUUAGUGCACCAAAUAAAGUGCUUAUGGUGAAAGACAAAACAUCACUACAUUACCCACAAUCCAUUGGGCUGAAAUCUUAACGUCAACAACGUGACCAGCGUUUCUCCUCAGCUCUGGGUAUAUUGUAUCUGCAGUUGAAUCAUGACUUCACAGGAAUCUGGGGCAAGCUCGUGUUCAGCGGAGGAGCUGGGAAAUGACGCCCACCAGAGUGAUACGACCCUCAGCCAAGAAAUACCCACUCUGCCCCCGACCUCCUCAGAUGAUAAGGACAGCUCAGGUGUUCAAGAUCAGAAAGAAGUUUGGUGCCAGUAUUUUGUGAUGGGAAAAUGCCGCUUUGGGAACAAGUGCCGAUUAUUUCACAGUGAGCUCCUUAUGGGCAACUCAGAGGCUGCAUCUGCAAAUAAAACAGAUGAGGAAAAUGAAGAAAAAAGCAAGAAGAAGAAAGUCAAAGUUAAACAGGAAGAAAAAGAGGUCAACAAAAAGCCUCGAAUGCGCACGGCUGAUGAUGUCAUCUCUAGGGUCUUGUGGGACCCCUCUGUGGAUUCCUCCGAGUUUGUGGUGGGUUAUGUGGACCGCUUCCUUGGGGUGCUGGAACGCCCCUUCUGUGAUUUUAACUGGGAGACGAACCCAUGUGACUGCGAUUACACCACAGAGCUGGCCCUGCCCCGGCACAGGAUCCAGUACUUCACCUACAGGGGGCAGCGGGUGUGGGACAGACAUAGCAGGAUGGACAGGGUGUUUGGCUCCACCGGACAAGCUCUGGCUCCCCCAUUUGGAGGGGAAGGGGAAGUAGAAGAUGCCGCGGAAGAGCCAGCUUUAAAUGAAGACGGGCUUGUUCCUGUUGUGAGCGGGCAGGAGCAGACAGAUGAAGAGUGUUGUACAGUGACUGCAAAUCUGGAGAACGAGACGCAGACUGAAAACCAUAUUCACACUCUUGAGUCACAACCACAAAGUACAAGAGAACAGCGAGGAUUACAAGAAAUAAACAGCGUUCAGACCUCAUCCGCCGCUGUGGAGAUGGAGGGACCUACGAAUGAGGAUGAAAAAAAACACGAGGAUUUGUCUGCUUGUGUUGAGGCCGUCAACAUGAAUGAUGAACCAGAUGCUGAACUGGAGCACAAAGACGAGAAACCAAGCGGUCGUCCCCCAAAGAAGCGACCCACCCACUUUGUCACUUUCAGAGCCAACACUCCUUCGAUCCUGUCUGGUUUCACACAGCUACAGGAGGAACUGACCGCCGUGCUACCCGCCUGCGCCCCCUACUGGAGCCUAGCAUCCAGUCUCCACGUCACCCUCUGCCUCCUGGUGCUGCCUGGACCCGAGGAAGUGGAGGCAGCGGUGGAAGUCCUGCGGCGCUUCGCUAGGUGGGACCGAAACCCCCCCGUCGCUGUGACAUUUCCCCUCAAACUGAAGCACUUUAACGGGCGAGUGUUGUACCUGAGCCCCCAGCCUCAUCUACGCCUUCAACAGUUAAACGCCGGUCUACAGGAGGCAUACAAGGAACAGGGCCUCCUCCAUAGACAAUCAUAUAACCCCCGAUACCACCUGACUCUGGCCAAGAUAAACGACAUGGAGGCGGAGAGGAUCUUCAUGGGGGUGGAAAAUCUAAAGGUGGGGAAGGGCUUAAACUUUGGUCGUCUGCCUGUUAAUACUUUGCACCUUUGCGCCAUGGGAGGGUGUGUAGUAGAUGGAUUUUAUGACAUCGUGUGCACGGUAACGCUUCGAUAAAUGAGGUAAUCUAUUGCACUUCAGAAGCCAAUGCUGCAGUCUUUUAUAUAGGGAAGUGAUUUUCAUUGGGGAUAAACCAUUAUGAGGCCUUUGUUUACAGAUUUUACACAAACCUUUUUGUUAAAACUUUUGUAACUAUGGGAUUUUAUGAGAUUGUGUUCACAGUAACACUAAGAUAAAUGGGGGAAUCUAUUGCACUUAAGAAGACAAUGCCACUAUUAUAAUUUUCAUUGGGGAUAAAUCAGAUGAGGUCUUUGUUUACAGAUUUUACAGAAACCUUUCAUAAAACUUUUGUAACUGUGGUACGCUGCUGCUAAAGAGUAGAACUUGUGCAAUUAUAAUGUAUUUAAUUAUGAUUUAUGAUUUAAAUAGACAUUUAUAACUGCAUUUUUAAACCUAAUUGAUUACACCAAAAAGAGUGGACUAAACUCUUUGAAAUCUAAAGCCUGUUUUAAACUCCGCUGUGUGAUCAUUUUUAGCUGGACCUGCUUUUUUAUCAAGUAUUCAAAUAUUCCAAAAAAUAUUUAAAUAUAUCUUUUAACAUAAAACAUAUACAUUCAUUUAGCUGCUGCAUAUUAACUGCUCGUAAUUCAAUUUUAGUGUCUGUUUCCGUUGUGUUGCAUAGGCAUUACUCAAUAAGAACCAUGACUUUAUAAUGAAAUAUAUCCAGCCAACAUUAAAUAUUGAUUUGGUGAUUUUAAACGUUGUGACUGAUCUUUGCUCUUCUGGUAGUCGACCUCCAUGUUCGUGUGACCUGACAUACAGUGUACAGUUUCUUCUUACCCUGAGCAGUUGUUGCGUACGUAACAUGGUUUUCUGUCCUCUUCUCCCUCAGAUACACAGCUCACUCAGACACUAUACAUAGGCCAUAUGAGUCAGUUCUCUCCCUCACUUGCAUUAUCUCGUUGCCUCCCUUCCCCCACUCUUUUCAGUGACAC